AUGCCGUACAGAAAUCUUAUUGCUUGUAAUGUGAUGGUCCUUACGUAUGCCCAAAACGGGCAUUUUGAUCAAGCUUUUAGCUUUGUAGAAAGUUACAUGCCUGAGAGGGAUUUGGUUAUGUGGACCUCCUUUCUCGCAGCAUUGGCACAAUACGGUCAUGUGGAAGAUGCCAAGCGCCCAGCAUGGCUAUCUAGAUCAAGCACUCGUCAUCUUCGACAAUAUGCCCCAGAGAGACGAAGCAACUUGGAAUGCUAUACUCAAAACGGACAUCUUUCAGAUGCCAAGAGAAUCUUUCACUCCAUGCCCAGCCGCAAUAUCAUCUCGUGGAAUACCAUUCUAGCUGGUUUUGUGGAAAGUGGACAACCAGCAGUGGUGAAGAAGGUUUUCAAUGAGAUGCAAUCAACAAUCCUUCCGGAUGAGGCUUGCUUUGUCAUGGUCCUCAUUGCCAGCAGCCAAGAUGGUUCGCCAGGGGAUCCAGAACUUUAG